GUUGUUUUACCGAUGCCUUAAAAGUAAAUUGAAUGGGAAGAAAUGGUGCGGAAGCGUCCCAUGGCAGGAUCCAAAAGCUACCACAGCAUCAAAAGCCUUAGAAUCCCAGCCCAACACAGCACCUCUGUUGAAUCCCAGCAGCCAAAGAAAUCCAUUCAAAGUGAUAGACAAGAAUUGUGAACCAUCAUACUGGAAACAGAGUAAGCAAGGAAACAGAGAGGAAAGUAAAGCAAAAGGAGUAAAAGCAGAGAAAGAGAGCAUGCUGGUGUCACAUAAAGAAAAGAAAUCCACCUCUGAUUCCUCCAUAGAGAAGGAACCUCUAGAAUGGCUGAAAACUGAAAAGAAGCAGUCCACAAGAAAUAGGAAUGAUCAAGAAGUUAAGGAAAGCACAGUGUCUGAAUCUAAACUUGUUCUUUCUGAGACUUGGAAAGGGGAAAACACACAUUGGGAGGAAGUGAAAUGUGGUGCCAGUGGCAGGGAAUCCAAGAAGUCUUCUGAGUGUGUGGAGAAAGAGCCAAGUGGGAGAUCAAAGCUCUUUCCACUAAGUCUUGGAAAGCAAAGUACGAGUACCAAGCCUCCAGAGGAGGAGCAGCUUGGAGAGAAAAGCUUAAAAAGCUGUGGGGAUGAAGAAACCAGAGAGAAAGAAUAUGUUGGUGGGAAGAAUGGAGAGGCGAAACUGAUGUGUAAAGAAGAUGUGAUUUCCCCAGCAAUAUCACAGUUGGCAUUGCAACAUGCUGCCCUGAAGGGAGGAGCAGAGGCAGCACCACCCAUGACACAAAUCAGGCCAGGGCUGGGACAACCUGCUGAUGAAGUCUCUGGCAGUGACAGUGAUGAAGUAGGAUUUGUUUAUUCCUCAUCAGAUAAAAGUAAACCUGAGAAAUCAGUUGAGGGUUUGCAGUCAAGAGAGAUUCCUUCAGGAAAAUCAGGAAAGAGUACGCAGGGGACAUCUUUGCCAGGAGCUGCAGCAUCACAUCAUGUGGAAGGACCCCAAGACCCUAAAGCUCUUCACAACCACCUUGUAGUCCAGCUGAAGCAGAAGAAGAGUACAUUAGCCACAGUGAACAUUCAGCUGCUGCCAGACAAAGGGGAACGGUUAUUAAAGCAAGUGCAGGAUUUGGAAGCUGCACUUGAUGCUCUUAACAUUUCGACAGCAGAUACUACUGAAAAAGGGGAGGAUAGCAUAAGCAGUGGCUGCUGUGAGGAAUCUUUGCCCCACCCAUCUGGCAGGCCAGGUGGUACAAAGUUGAUAACAGCACUACCACUCCAGGAUCCUACAGCAAGGACCUCUUCAGGCUCACACAGUCACCUCUCUGCUGCUACUACUUUGGGUUCCAGUGAAUAUUAUGGCCACAGUUUUGGAAUGACCUCUGGUUUGCAGAAUCUAUAUGGAGGAAGAAUGACAGAAGAACGAAUCAGGGCUGUACACAGUGCCACAAGUGAGGCUAUUAAUGAUCUUCACAAAUCUCUAGAAUCCUGUCCGACAGAGCAGACAGUAGCUGAAGAUCCCUCUGGAUUGAAGGUUCCACUGCUGCUGCACCAAAAACAGGCACUCGCAUGGCUACUCUGGAGAGAGAGUCAGAAGCCGUGUGGAGGAAUUCUAGCGGAUGACAUGGGCUUGGGGAAGACUCUAACGAUGAUUGCUCUCAUUCUGGCCCAGAAGCAGCUGAAGACAGAGAAAAGAAAGGAGAAGUUAGAAAUAUGGCUAUCCAAAAAUGAUUCCACUGUUAUCCCUUCCUGCAGCACUUUAAUCAUUUGUCCUGCAUCCUUGAUCCAUCACUGGAAGAAAGAGAUUGACAGACGCGUGGGCUGUGGCAAACUGAGGGUCUAUUUGUACCAUGGGCCAAACCGAGAUAAACAUGCAGAGGUGCUCUCUGAAUAUGAUGUUGUUGUCACAACCUACAGCCUUGUCUCCAAGGAGGUUCCCGCAAGCAAAGAGGAGGGGGAAGUCCCUGCUGAGGACCAUGAUGUGGAGAGUGGGUCAUCUCCCUGUUCCCCUCUGCUCAGGGUAGCUUGGGCUCGAGUUAUAUUGGAUGAAGCUCACAAUAUUAAAAACCCAAAGGUUCAAACCUCUAUAGCUGUGUGCAAACUGAGAGCCAGUGCCAGAUGGGCCGUCACUGGGACGCCGAUACAGAACAACUUACUAGACAUGUACUCUCUCCUGAGGUUUCUACGUUGCUCUCCUUUUGAUGAAUACAAAGUGUGGAAGUACCAGGUAGAUAACAACACAAAGAAGGGAGGAGAGAGGCUAAGCCUCUUAACCAGGAGCCUCUUAUUACGGAGAACUAAGGACCAGCUUGAUUCAGCUGGCAAGCCCUUGGUAUCUCUGCCCCAGCGUAGCAUGCAGUUGCAUCAGUUAAAACUUUCAGCGGAGGAGCAGUCUGUGUACAAUGUGCUCUUUGCAAGAUCCAGGUCAACACUACAAUCCUACCUAAAGAGACAAGAGCAGAAAAAUGAAGGCAGAGAGUAUGCUGGUGGUAACCCAUUUGAGAAAGUUGCACAAGAGUUUGGGGUCAGUCAAAAGGAAUUUCUAGCAGGCUCCCAAAGCGCCUCCCAGGUCUCAAGUACUGUCCACGUCUUAUCCAUGCUGUUGAGGCUCCGUCAGUGCUGCUGUCAUCUCUCCUUACUGAAAGUGGCUCUGGACCAAGUUAACUUGAACAGUGAAGGCCUUUCCCUCUCCAUUGAGGAACAACUUAGUGCUUUGACCCUCUCUGAGCUCCAGACUCCUGAUUCCACGUCAACAGUCUACCUCAAUGGCACAGCUUUUAAAACAGAUAUCUUUGAAAUCAGCAGGGAGAGCACCAAGAUAGCUCAUCUCUUGGCUGAACUGAAAACUAUUCAGAGUCAUUCAGUGGCUCAGAAAAGUGUUGUUGUCUCUCAGUGGACAAGUAUGUUGAAAGUUGUGGCUGUGCACCUCCAGCGACUAGGGCUGAAGUAUGCAACAGUGGAUGGAUCUGUCAAUCCUAAACAGAGAAUGGAUGUGGUAGAAGAGUUCAAUAACAAUCCCAAAGGGCCUCAGGUAAUGUUGGUCUCGUUGCUGGCUGGAGGCAUUGGCCUGAACUUGACUGGAGGAAACCACCUCUUUCUCCUUGACAUGCACUGGAAUCCUGCUCUCGAGGACCAGGCAUGUGACCGCAUUUACCGAGUGGGGCAGCAGAAGGAUGUUGUGAUACACAGGUUUGUCUGUGAAGGAACGGUAGAAGAAAAGAUCGUACAACUCCAGAGGAGGAAGAAAGUUCUCGCCCAGCAGGUGCUGUCAGGCAAAGGGGAGACCUUCACUAAGCUCACUCUGGCUGACCUCAAAAUUCUCUUUGGCAUCUAAUUGUCCUUUACAAUACACAACGGAAAGUGUAUUUUAUACCUACAAGUAACUGUGCAGACUUCAACAAAGGAUUGCUGUUUUAAGGUGGUCAUUUAUUUUGCACAAAUAACUACAUUUUUGUAACUGUUCCAGGAAGAGAAGUUAUCAACUUGAGGAAUUUGUUUUAAUACUGAAAUUAAAUCAUUUAUCCAAAGGUUAAUAAAGUUAUAAAUUAAGCUAUUGUUUUAAAACA